UCGGGCAGUGACAUAAACGCCGACAGUCAUCCUCAAAGGACACCUGCUUGAAAAGGGUUAGUUGUCUUAUUUCCCGAUUGUGACACGCAGUCAGGAUGACACGGGAUGUGCUGCUACUCCUGGUUUUGCAGACUUUUACUGGCUAUGCAGUUUCUCAAACCACACCUAGUCCAACGCCACCAAGUUCACCAGUGAGACUUGUCAACUCUACCAACCGCUGCUCUGGCAGAGUGGAGAUCUUCCACAAUGGCCAGUGGGGGACAGUGUGUGAUGACUCUUGGGGACUGAAUGAUGCUCAGGUGGUUUGUCAACAGCUGGGUUGUGGUAGGGCUGUUUCAGCACCAUCAAGAGCUCAAUUUGGACAAGGCAGUGGACCAAUCUGGUUGGACAAUGUUCAGUGUUCAGGACGUGAGUUAUCAAUAACAGAUUGUACACAUAGAGGACUGGGAUCCCACAACUGUCGUCAUGCAGAGGAUGCUGGUGUCAUCUGUGAAGCAGAUUUUUCUCAAACCACACCUGGCCCAACACCACCAAGUUCACCAGUGAGGCUUGUCAACUCUGCCAGCCGCUGCUCUGGCAGAGUGGAGAUCUUCCACAACGGCCAGUGGGGGACAGUGUGUGAUGACCUCUGGGGACUGAAUGAUGCUCAGGUGGUUUGUCAACAGCUGGGUUGUGGUAGGGCUGUUUCAGCACCAUCAAGAGCUCAAUUUGGACAAGGCAGUGGACCAAUCUGGUUGGACAAUGUUCAGUGUUCAGGAAAUGAAUUGUCAAUAACAGACUGUACACAUAGAGGACUGGGAUCCCACAACUGUGGUCACACAGAGGAUGCUGGUGUCGUCUGUGAAGCUGACAAUCCUCAAACUACACCUGGUCCAACGCCACCAAGUUUACCAGUGAGGCUUGUCAACUCCACCAGCCGCUGCUCUGGCAGAGUGGAGAUCUUCCACAACGGCCAGUGGGGGACAGUGUGUGAUGACUCUUGGGGACUGAGUGAUGCUCAGGUGGUUUGUCAACAGCUGGGUUGUGGUAGGGCUGUUUCAGCACCACCAAGAGCUCAAUUUGGACAAGGCAGUGGACCAAUCUGGUUGGACAAUGUUCAGUGUUCAGGAAAUGAAUUGUCAAUAACAGAUUGUACACAUAGAGGACUGGGAUCCCACAACUGUGGUCACACAGAGGAUGCUGGUGUCGUCUGUGAAGCUGACAUUCCUCAAACUACACCUGGUCCAACGCCACCAAGUUCACCAGUGAGGCUUGUCAACUCCACCAGCCGCUGCUCUGGCAGAGUGGAGAUCUUCCACAACGGCCAGUGGGGGACAGUGUGUGAUGACCUCUGGGGACUGAAUGAUGCUCAGGUGGUUUGUCAACAGCUGGGAUGUGGUAGGGCUGUUUCAGCACCAUCAAGAGCUCAAUUUGGACAAGGCAGUGGACCAAUCUGGUUGGACAAUGUUCAGUGUUCAGGAAAUGAAUUAUCACUAACAAACUGUACACAUAGAGGACUGGGAUCUCACAACUGUGGUCACACAGAGGAUGCCGGUGUCGUCUGUGAAGCUGAUAUUCCUCAAACUACACCUGGUCCAACGCCACCAAGUUUACCAGUGCGGCUUGUCAACUCUACCAGUCGCUGCUCUGGCAGAGUGGAGAUCUUCCACAACGGCCAGUGGGGGACAGUGUGUGAUGACUCUUGGGGACUGAGUGAUGCUCAGGUGGUUUGUCAACAGCUGGGUUGUGGUAGGGCUGUUUCAGCACCACCAAGAGCUCAAUUUGGACAAGGCAGUGGACCAAUCUGGUUGGACAAUGUUCAGUGUUCAGGAAAUGAAUUGUCAAUAACAGAUUGUACACAUAGAGGACUGGGAUCCCACAACUGUGGUCACACAGAGGAUGCCGGUGUCGUCUGUGAAGCUGACAUUCCUCAAACUACACCUGGUCCAACGCCACCAAGUUUACCAGUGCGGCUUGUCAACUCUACCAGCCGCUGCUCUGGCAGAGUGGAGAUCUUCCACAACGGCCAGUGGGGGACAGUGUGUGAUGACCUUUGGGGACUGAGUGAUGCUCAGGUGGUUUGUCAACAGCUGGGUUGUGGUAGGGCUGUUUCAGCACCACCAAGAGCUCAAUUUGGACAAGGCAGUGGACCAAUCUGGUUGGACAAUGUUCAGUGUUCAGGAAAUGAAUCAUCACUAACAAACUGUACACAUAGAGGACUGGGAUCCCACAACUGUGGUCAUACAGAGGAUGCUGGUGUCAUAUGUGAAGCAGAUAUAUCGCAAACUACACCUGGUCCAACGCCACCAAGUUUACCAGUGAGGCUUGUCAACUCCACCAGCCGCUGCUCUGGCAGAGUGGAGAUCUUCCACAACGGCCAGUGGGGGACAGUGUGUGAUGACUUUUGGGGACUGAGUGAUGCUCAGGUGGUUUGUCAACAGCUGGGAUGUGGUAGGGCUGUUUCAGCACCAUCAAGAGCUCAAUUUGGACAAGGCAGUGGACCAAUCUGGUUGGACAAUGUUCAGUGUUCAGGAAAUGAAUUAUCACUAACAAACUGCACACAUAGAGGACUGGGAUCCCACAACUGUGGUCACACAGAGGAUGCCGGUGUCGUCUGUGAAGCUGAUAUUCCUCAAACUACACCUGGUCCAACGCCACUAAGUUCACCAGUGAGGCUUGUCAACUCCACCAGCCGCUGCUCUGGCAGAGUGGAGAUCUUCCACAACGGCCAGUGGGGGACAGUGUGUGAUGACCUCUGGGGACUGAAUGAUGCUCAGGUGGUUUGUAAACAGCUGGGCUGUGGUAGGGCUGUUUCAGCACCAUCAAGAGCUCAAUUCGGACAAGGCAGUGGACCAAUCUGGUUGGACAAUGUUCAGUGUUCAGGAAAUGAAUUGUCAUUAACAAACUGUACACAUAGAGGAUUGGGAUCCCAUAACUGUGGUCACACAGAGGAUGCCGGUGUCAUAUGUGAAGCAGAUAUUUCUCAAACUACACCUGGUCCAACACCACCAAGUUUACCAGUGCAGCUUGUCAACUCUACCAGCCGUUGCUCUGGCAGAGUGGAGAUCUUCCACAACGGCCAGUGGGGGACAGUGUGUGAUGACUCUUGGGGACUGAAUGAUGCUCAGGUGGUUUGUCAACAGCUGGGUUGUGGUAGGGCUGUUUCAGCACCACCAAGAGCUCAAUUUGGACAAGGCAGUGGACCAAUCUGGUUGGACAAUGUUCAGUGUUCAGGAAAUGAAUCAUCACUAACAAACUGUACACAUAGAGGAUUAGGAUCCCACAACUGUGGUCAUACAGAGGAUGCUGGUGUCAUAUGUGAAGCAGAUAUUUCUCAAACUACACCUGGUCCAACGCCACCAAGUUCACGAGUGAGGCUUGUCAACUCUACCAGCCGUUGCUCUGGCAGAGUGGAGAUCUUCCACAACGGCCAGUGGGGGACAGUGUGUGAUGACUCUUGGGGACUGAGUGAUGCUCAGGUGGUUUGUCAACAGCUGGGUUGUGGUAGGGCUGUUUCAGCACCAUCAAGAGCUCAAUUUGGACAAGGCAGUGGACCAAUCUGGUUGGACAAUGUUCAGUGUUCAGGAAAUGAAUUAUCACUAACAAACUGUACACAUAGAGGACUGGGAUCCCACAACUGUGGUCACACAGAGGAUGCCGGUGUCGUCUGUGAAGCUGAUAUUUCUCAAACUACACCUGGUCCAACACCACCAAGUUUACCAGUGAGGCUUGUCAACGCUACCAGUCACUGCUCUGGCAGAGUGGAGAUCUUCCACAACGGCCAGUGGGGGACAGUGUGUGACGACUCUUGGGGACUGAAUGAUGCUCAGGUGGUUUGUCAACAGCUGGGCUGUGGUAGGGCUGUUUCAGCACCAUCAAGAGCUCAAUUUGGACAAGGCAGUGGACCAAUCUGGUUGGACAAUGUUCAGUGUUCAGGAAAUGAAUCGUCAAUAACAGACUGCACACAUAGAGGAUUGGGAUCCCACAACUGUGGUCAUACAGAGGAUGCUGGUGUCAUAUGUGAAGAUGUGCAAUUUGAGGAUUUUCAGCUUGUUUGUUCCCGCAAUCACAUUGAAGUUGGUGUGCAUUCAGGAAGCCUUUUGUCUUCUGGUCUGAAUCCAUUCUCUGGUCACCUGACUGCCCCUGACUGUUCCAUCUACACAGUGCAUGAUUCUGUUGUGUUGUACCACGUGGCACGUCAGGCUGGCAUCUGUGGAACUGUCCUGAUGACCAACAGGACCCAUGCCAUCUACUCCAAUGCAUUGGUUUUUGACCCUCUAAACAAUGAUUCCUUGGCUCUACCAGAGAUCAUUCCAUUCUCCUGUGCCUAUCCCUUGGAAACAAAUGUUCACUUGGACACUGUAAUGAUGCCAGAACUGUUAGAAGGUGGUCUUUCAGGGUCAGGUGCUUUUGCCAGAGCUUUCAUGUAUCUCUUCCAUGACUCCAACUACACAGACAGCUACCCAGCAGGCUGGGUCACCCUGCCAGCAGCCUCUCCCCUUCAUGUGGGAGUGUUUGUGGAUGAGAGUGAUCUAAGCUUUGCAGCUGUUUUGGAGGAUUGCUAUACCAGUCACUCCUUAGACCCUGAUGACACUAUGCGAUACUUCAUUAUCCGUUCUGGGUGCCCUACUGACCCUGAACACGUGUCCGUGGUUGAGAAUGGCCUCUCCCUCCAUGUUCAUUUCUCGGCCACACUCUCCCAUGCUCAGGAUGACGACCCUUACGUCUUCCUGCACUGCAGACUAAGCAUGUGUGACAAGAGGAACGAAGACUGCGUCCCAUCUUGCAGAGGGAGAGUUCAUCGCUCUGUGCCCAGCUCACUUCACCUGGAGCCUCUCACCAUUGGACCAAUCGCCUUUUCUCAAGCCACACCUGGUCCAACGCCACCAAGUUCGCAAGUGAGGCUUGUCAACUCUAUCAGUCGCUGCUCUGGCAGAGUGGAGAUCUUCCACGACGGCCAGUGGGGGACAGUGUGUGAUGACCUCUGGGAUCUGAUAGAUGCUCAGAUGGUUUGUCAACAGCUGGGCUGUGGUGGGGCUGUUUCAGCACCAUCAAGAGCUCAAUUUGGACAAGGCAGUGGACCAAUCUGGUUAGACAGCGUUCAGUGUUCAGGAAAUGAAUUGUCACUAACAGAGUGUCGGCAUGACGGAUGGGGAUAUCACGACUGUGGUCACACAGAGGAUGCUGGUGUCAUCUGUGAAGCUGAUAUUUCUCAAACUACACCUGGUCCAACGCCACCAAGUUCGCAAGUGAGGCUUGUCAACUCUACCAGUCACUGCUCUGGCAGAGUGGAGGUCUUCCACGACGGCCAGUGGGGGACAGUGUGUGAUGACCUCUGGGAUCUGAUAGAUGCUCAGAUGGUUUGUCAACAGCUGGGCUGUGGUGGGGCUGUUUCAGCACCAUCAAGAGCUCAAUUUGGACAAGGCAGUGGACCAAUCUGGUUAGACAGCGUUCAGUGUUCAGGAAAUGAAUUGUCACUAACAGAGUGUCGGCAUGACGGAUGGGGAUAUCACGACUGUGGUCACACAGAGGAUGCUGGUGUCAUCUGUGAAGCUGAUAUUUCUCAAGCCAUACCUGGUCCAACGCCACCAAGUUCGCAAGUGAGGCUUGUCAACUCUACCAGUCGCUGCUCUGGCAGAGUGGAGGUCUUCCACGACGGCCAGUGGGGGACAGUGUGUGAUGACCUCUGGGAUCUGAUAGAUGCUCAGAUGGUUUGUCAACAGCUGGGCUGUGGUAGGGCUGUUUCAGCACCACACAUGGCUCAAUUUGGACAAGGCAGUGGACCAAUCUGGUUAGACAGCGUUCAGUGUUCAGGAAAUGAAUCGUCACUAACAGAGUGUUGGCAUGACGGAUGGGGAUAUCACGACUGUGGUCACACAGAGGAUGCUGGUGUCGUCUGUGAGGAGCAACUUGAGGUUUUUCAAGUUGUUUGUUCCCACAAUCACAUUGAAGUUGGUGUGCACUUCAGAAGCCUUUUGUCAUCCGGUCUGAAUCCAUUCUCUGGUCAGCUGACUGACUCUGACUGUUCCAUCUCCAGAGUGCAUGAUUCUUUCGUGUGGUACCACAUGCCACUUCAGGCUGGCAUCUGUGGAACUGUAUUGAUGACCAACAGCACCCAUGCCAUCUACUCCAAUGCGUUGGUUCUCGAGCCUCUAAACGAUGAUACGCAGAUUCUACCGGAGAACAUUCCGUUCUCCUGUGCCUAUUCCUUGGACACGAAUGUCCAACAGGAAACUGUAAUGAUGCAAGAACUGUUAGCUUUCAUGCAUCUCUUCCAUGACUCCGACUACGCAGACAACUACCCAGCGGGCUUGGUCACCCUGCCAGCAGCCUCUCCCCUUCAUGUAGGAGCAUUUGUGGAUGAGAGUGAUCCAAGCUUCGCAGUUGUUUUGGAGGAUUGCUAUACCAGUCACUCCUCAAACCCCGAUGAUGCUAUGCAAUACUUACUUAUCAGUUCUGGGUGCCCUACUGACCCUGAACACGUGUCCGUGGUUGAGAAUGGCCUCUCCCUCCGUGUUCGUUUCUCGGUCACACUCUCACAUGCUCUGGUUAACAACCCUGUCUUCCUGCACUGCAGACUAAGCAUGUGUGACAAGAGGAACGACAACUGCGUCCCAUCUUGCAGAGGGAGAGUUCAUCGCUCUGUGCCCAGUUCUGCUCCCCUGGAGCCUCUCACCAUUGGACCAAUCGCCUGGGAGAAGUGACGAGAUAAGGAGCUCAUUAACACAACAAAGUAAUGCAUGCAUAUGUAAUAUUUUAGCAUAUUAGUUGUUUUAGAUGAUUAGAUCAUUAGUCCCAUUAGUGAGUUGAAUUUUCCUGUCAUAAAAAAAUAUAUCAUGUAUAAUGCAUUAAGAAUAAAAAUAAUAAUAACAAUAAAAACAUUUGUUGC